AAAUAAUCUCAUGUACAAAGUAUUUAUAUUUUAUUUUAUAUCGUAGUAAUCGACGAAGGAAAAAGAUAGCAUAGAAAGAUUGUUAUGCCUAUCCAUUUCAAAGCUCCAACCUUUUGCUUUCCCUUUUGUCUCAUUUCACCACAAAGUGAAUAUUUUAUACGAACAACCUCAUUGCUCUCCUAUUAUCAAAGACUCAAAACCCUUAGGGUUUCUUUUUUGUUUCUUGUCUUCAUUUCUUUCAUCAAACUUGUUUCUUUUCGGCAUUUUGAGUGGAGAAGGCCAGGCUUCAGGUGAAGCUUGGUUUUGGAAAGUAUCAUAUUUGUUCAGCAGUUUGCUAAAGCAUGCUGAAGUUUUGAAGAAUCACUCUUGGAUAAUAAAUCGAUUUAGAAUGGAAAUUUGAUAUGCCUCCUAUGAAGAGUUCAGUAUACUGGGUGGCUGCUGCCUUCAAUGAUUUCUGUCUUCAUCUUAUACUGUGAUGCUUUUUUGCAAUAUUUAGAGCUAGUUUUGCCAUUGUAUCCAACUUAGUAUCUAACUUUGGCCAUGUGGACCUUCAUUCGCCCAUAAGUAUAUUUAACUGGAUCACAAAACAACCUUGCUGUGCCAAUAGAAAUAGCUAACACGGGUGCGCUUUGUUGUGUGGCCGCUGGGCCACAUGAAGCGAAGUCACCUGCCACUGGUAGGGACUCUUCCAACAAUCAUGGUGAACCACUUUGGCAAAUGAACUCUAGUUUCUCACCUCCUCCAUUGAGGAUGUGGGAUUGCAGGUUACGGUCAGAUGGUUUAUCACAUGGUGCUCGUGCAGUUCAUGGUUCUUCAUUGUCCUCAAAUAGUAGGGGAAGCAGAAGCUGGGUGGGAAGUGAACAGUAUACCAACCAUCAUCAUUCUGUGUCUGAUGGUGCACUCCCUUAUUCUGACAGCCCACCUGGUAUUGUUCAGGAGCCUCGAUGGACAUCACCUGUGCGGAAAUUUAAUCUUGGUGAGCCUGCUGCCUCUAUUGCUGGAGGAUCAAGAUCCCAGCCCACUUGGUUUCCAUGCUCCACUGAGAGAAGAUUUGCUGUUAGAGCAAGUGUGACAUCCCCUGAUUUUGGGUCUCCAUCCUCACUUUCAGACUCCAGCCAUUGGGAAUCAACUAGCAAGCGGCCGUAUGCUUUCUCCAAUCGCAACAUUCCAACCCGGCGCUUGUAUAUGUCAAAAACUGUCUACCCGCUAGUUUUCCGCAACCCUGUGUCAGAUUGUGAAACCUUUGGGGAUGCAGAUAACAGCAGUCUUGGUAGGUUAACAUCGCGUGAGGAUCGGAUAUCACCAUCUCAUUGGCCUGAUAACAGUUCAAGUGUUGAGUAUAAGUUCCAUAAAACCCUCACUGAACUUCAAAAGUUGGAGAUUUCACCAGACCCCAGUGCAAGCUCUAGAAGAGAGGGUUUUAGAUGGAGCAGUGCAAGCAGUUAUGAUCUGGGAAUUGAUGGGGAAAGGUUUGACAUAGCAGAGCACAUGGAUAUGGAGAGUCUGAGGUCACCUAGUGGUCCUGUAGUGGAACAAAAAUGUGGAGUCUGUGGAAAACUUAUGUGGCAAAAGUCCCCCUGGAGUUCACAUCGAAUCAUGAGAGGUGGUGACAUGCCAACUGCUGGGGUAUUACCCUGUAGCCAUGUUUUCCAUGCUGAAUGUUUGGAACAAGUCACUCCGAAGACCCAGAUUCAUGACCCUCCUUGCCCCUUGUGCUUGAAAACUAUAGGAUCAAUUGAAGAGUCCCCACUAGUUUCAGAGCCCUUGCAGAUGGCCCUAAGAUCCGUACGGAGAAGCAGGGGGAUGGUGAUAUCUGAGGUCCAGGGUAGUCACAGUAAUAUGGAAGCCUCUCAUCAUAUCAAGGACAGAUUGAGGAGAAACUGGCCUCAGGCAGUGUCACGACGGAAUGACAAUGGCUCUUCAAUAACAAGUCGUCUUAGAAGGCACUUUAUGUUCAAGGGGAAGUCUGGUAAAGAACUUCUCAACACCAAGGUGCUCCAGAGGAUUGGUUCAUCUUCUAGCCAAAAACCAGCGUGACAGAAAAGGUCCAUAGAGUAGCUUGUGUAUGUAAUUUACUUGCAAGUAGAUUUGAAGAUUUAGAUGUUUGAUGAGUUAUUCAUGAUGCCUUUCUCAACGUGCUUGGGUUCAUUUUUCAUGACAUUGGUAAGAACCCUUGCAUGUUUUUGUUAUUUAUACAUGUGCCGUGGCGAAUUGAAAUAUUGGGCCAUCUCUCAUCAGUUAUGGCAAUCCAUGGAGGUCCUUUCUUACAUUGAUUUUCAUUUUUCAAGUUAUUAUUAAGCAAUAUUGCAUACUAUUUUAAA